AUGUCAUUCACACAUAUAAAUUGGGAUGGACUAAAAGAACCUUAUCCUCUGCUUGGUACUUUGUACGUUUGGAUGCUUUCUGUCUUCCAUGUCUGUAGAAGAGAAUCCAGGAGCAAAUCCCAGAGCCUCCAGCCAGAAACUCAGCCUCCCAAUGAAAACUACCCUCUGCAUUGGGACCAAGUGCCACAGACUUGUGAGAGUGGGGCUCAUACUCUUGGUAGACAGGGAUUCCUUUGCUAUGAUUGCUUUUUCUUGGAUAUUGCUGUCCACACCCUACUAUGGUUCACUUCAGGUGAAUUAGAAAACACUAUUGUGCUGAUCCUAGAGUAUGCCAACUCUGCUGCACCUUUUUACCAAACCAUAGGCAUUAUGGAUAUGCAAAAUAGGUUCCACUAA